AUGUCGCUCUUCAGCCUGAUCGUGAAGAGCAUCGUCUUCGCAAGCUGCACACUCGUCUCGCUCUACUCCACCAACGAGAGGCACAUCACGCUGGACCAGCAGGUCACCAACUCGAGCGUCUGCGUGCUGCUGGGCUGCACCUAUUUCCUGGCCAUCAAGGUCGUCUCCCUCGUCAUCGCCAGGAUGACCAACCGCGACCGCGACCCCAACUACAACGAGGUGGAGCCGGCCGAGGACCGCGAGCUGGAAGAGGCGAUCCGCGACCUCGAGCGUCAGGAGAACGAAGAGACGGACCAGAACGAGGAGGAGACGAGAAGGAAGCACCAGGAGACCAUGCGCAAGGCCCAGGAGUUCACGCUCGACCUCGACGGCACAAGGGACAACGAGAGCACGGCGCGCUCCUUCCGCUCGUCCGUGGCACUUCCGCUCCGUGCCAAGAAGGAAGAGACCGUCACCGAGUUCCAGGAGAUCAUGGAGGUCUACCGCGUCGUCUACUUCAUCGGGCUGAGCAUCUUCGUCGCCUCAUACACCGUGGACAUGACCAACGGGCUCUCGGGCAUGUCGCUCAUCACAGGCAUCAUCAUCACGCAGGUCCCGGAGACGAUAUCCUUCAUGCGGCACCGGAACCCCGAGCCCCACGUCGCCGUCAACCGCUGCUUCAGCCUCUUCUCCUUCAUCUGCGUCGUCGCCGCCAUCCUCGCCUUCGCCCUCAACGCCUGUGCCAACCACACCGCCCCGGAUGACCUCGUCCUCUGCACCCGCAUCGAGAACCCGAGGGUCGACGUCCUCUUCGGCAUUGCCCUGCCCCUGGGCGCCACCCUCCCGGUCAUCCAGGCGCAGCACACUCGCAUGAACCGCGUGACGCUCUACAAGGCCGCCCCCUUCGCCUGCUGCAUCGCCUGGGUCGUCUGGAUGUUCGUUGGGGCGGACAAGAUCAACAACAUCACAGGAAACAGCCCCCGCGACAUCAUCCUCUUCCUCCUCAACCCGUUCGUCAAGGGAUGCGCCGUCAUCACCCUCCUCUCCGGAUGCAUGCAGAACAGGCGCAUCGAGACCGCCACCCUCCUCGUCUUCAUCCUCUUCUGCAAGGAGGUCCACCAGCACAGCCAGGACAGUGAGAUGAUGAAGUCGCUCGUCGUCGGGCUCGCAUUCAGCUCCAUCUCCCUCGCCGUCUGCAUCAUGAAGCACGUCCCCCUCGUCUCCGAGUCCCUCACCAGGAUGGCGGCGUACAGGGUGUAG